GUCAUCAAAAGAGAGAGAGAGAGAAAGAGAGAGAGAGAGCGGGAGAGAGAGGGAGAGAGAGGGACAGGGAAAGAGGGAGACAAGCAGUAAACAACAGCGUGCUAUAGGACAGAAUGGAACUGAUGUGGCCAGCAGUCUUUCUGCUUCAGCUGCUCUACCUGCCCUUCUCCGCCAACGUCUACACCGGGUCGGGAAACAGGACGAGCAACCAAUCAGAUGUCAUCAUCGCAGACCUGCUUGAAGUUGCAUCUUCCAAAACACCAAAGUCACCCGUAGGGGGCAAGGGUCAGGAUGUAUGUUCAAUUCCGUGCGAUGUAACCGCCAAACUACUGCGUGAUGACAAAAACUCCCUGUGUGGCCAGAUACAGCAGUCUCUGCUGGCUUAUGGCCGCAGCACCAGGAAGAUGAUCAGAGAUGUGAUGGAUGAACAGCAGAGAGCCCUAGACUUCCUCACCACCCAGGUGACAGAGCUCAUCACCAAAAUGCAGACCCUCAGUUUAGAGGUCCAGAGAAGCAACACAGAGAUGUACGCUGUCAAACCAGUACAGUCCCAUGGACGGGACUGCAGUGACAUCAAGGACAGUCUGGUGUCAGUGGUUCCGAAGAUCCCCAGUGGGAUUUACAUCGCCCACCCCGAGAACUCAGACUCCUCCUUCGAGGUGUUCUGUGAGAUGGACUACAUGGGGGGGGGAUGGACCGUGAUCCAGAGGAGGGCCGAGGGCUUGAUGGACUUCAAGAGACCCUGGGAAGACUACAUCAACGGCUUCGGACACCUACCAGGAGAGCAUUGGCUGGGCCUCAGCCAGGUGCAUCAAAUCCUGAACCAGAAGGAAACCCGUUUCCAGCUCCACAUCGCCCUGGUCUCCCACGACGACGAGACUGCCUACGCCUCGUACGAUGACGUCCACCUCGGGGGCGAUGCGCAGUUCUACAGCAUCCACCUGGGCCGCUACGCUGGCAGCGCUGGCGACGCGUUCCGAGGCUACGAGCAGGAGCAGAACCAAGACACGGCUCCAUUCAGCGCCACCGAUGUGGACAACGACGGCUGUGUGCCGUCCUGCUCCAUCCAUAACCGCACGGUGGAGAGUUGCAGCGCCCAGUACAACCACACGGGCUGGUGGUUCAACCAGUGUGGUCUGGCAAAUCUCAACGGUUCACCGGGAGACCGCGGCGCGCGGCCCGGGGGUGGCGGUGGGUACGCGGAUGGGGGCACCCACAUCCUGUGGGACACGUGGACGCAGAACGGCGUGCCGCACCUCAUCAGGUCCGUCACCAUGAAGAUAAGGAGAAUCCCCACGAACAACUGAUCACUUGACUGGAGCAAGUUUUUUGGUGGUUUAUGUUGGGGCUAAUUUAGUACAUUAAUCCAGAACGUAUUUUAAUAGAAACUACAAGGUUUUAAGGAUGUUGAGAAGGUUUACAUUAUAUUCAGUUUUUGACUACGUUGGACAAUUCUAAUGAAUAAAUUGUAGCCUACAUCUUUGACAGAGGCGUAAACACA